UGUACUCCCUGGGUUGUGUUCACAUGAUUAACGAAAUUUACAUCACUUUACACGUGUGAGCGUUAUAAACAUUGCAUGGGGUUUAAAAGUAUCUUGUAACUGUAUUUGAAAAGUUAUUUAAAAUGGAAUCCAAUAAAUCAGAUUCAACUCCAAAACAGGCUAUGGUAUAUAUUUGUGGAGAGUGUCAUCAUGAUAAUGAAAUACGACCUAGAGACCCAAUUCGAUGUAGAGAAUGUGGAUACAGAAUUAUGUACAAAAAACGCACAAAGAGACUUGUUGUAUUUGAUGCAAGAUAAGUUUAUUUAAUAUAGCAUUAAUGGAACCAAUAGAUUAAGGGAAUGUUGUGAUAUUGUACAAUAUUUAAACCUUUGUAUAAUUUUCCCCACUUUAGAAAUAAUAAAUGGGUGAAUUUUGAAAGAA